AAUCAAAGUUUAUGUUUGGCGAGUUGACUCCAUGUCGUUUUCAACUUUUUUUGAUUGCCGUUUUUUAGGUUUUUACGUUCUAUGGUUAGCAUUAAGCUAGCCUAGUCUUGUUGGAAACUUGUCCCUGACUGGAAACGUUUGCAUGGAAAUAAUUGUAAAGAGCUUUGGAGGGAUAAACUGUGAUUGGAAGAACAGGAUGGUCUUGGGAUGGCAUUGUGUUCAGGUUCAAAUGUCCUAAGGUUGCUUUCAGCGAAUAUGAGCAAAAUGGGCCUCACUGUAAAGAGCUUUGGACGAAUAAACAGUGAUUUGGAUCCAGCGUUGUGAUCAAGCUCAAAUGGCCGAAGGAUGGUUCUGGGCUGAUGUGAGCAGGAAAAAGUGCUUCUGUGGUUCUCUUGACAAUCUAUUGUAAUGAAGGUGGUCUUGGAUCACACUGCUUCUUGAUUUGUUUGAAUAAUUUGGCAUGUUCUGCUGAUUUUUUUUUUUUUUUUAAAUAUUUUUUUUGAUGCUUCACUGCAGUUCUUUUGGUCGAAUUAUUUUGUCCAGCAUCAGCAUCCAUUUCUUUUCAGCCAGAGAAGAUUUGACGGAUAACCAGUUUGGUCCAGUUCCCAGGCUGAAUCGAAUUGCAGCCGACCAAGAUAUGACUGGAGAACCGAGAGGGUCGAUUUCUAAGAUAUUCGUUCCAGCAUGAAGUCAGGGUGAUGUGUUUGGCUAACCGAAGCCGAGUUUCGAUGCCAAUCUUCUAGUGGUUAAAGGUUUUAAUCUACUUUUAAAAAUGUUGGGUCGGCGUCCAUCUUGAACUCCUGUCUCGAUCGCAUGAAGAAUAGCUUUCCUCCAUUCCUCCCUUAUCCUUCGUUGCGUUUCUGGUGGUCUGUUUUUACUCACCAAUCACCAGCUUCAAUUCUUGUUGUCUCGCACCAGCAUUCAUCUCUCUAUCUACCUUUCUGCCCAAGAAAAUACGAUUAGAGGGCCAAGAAAGUCCAUUCCAGCAUGGUGACUGGGGUCCAAAUUCCAGUUAAAUAUUUGGGUUGAUCUCAGCACAGACUUGAUGUUAACCCUGUAGUAGUAAAGGUUAUCUUGGGUCAUUUAUCCUGCUUGAACUCACUCGCUUGGUGUCUACUGCUUUGGCGCCCUACCUUCUUUCCUGACCUUUUGCUCGCGUCUGACGGUCCAUUUUUGCUUGGCAAGCGCCGUUGACCGUGUCAGCUUCCGUCCCUCUGGCAACCAUGACGACAGCGAAGAUAUACAGCUGGAGCAGAUGGGAAACAAUGCGAGGUAUGCGCAGUCUGAUAGCCCUGUGAGUUUAGUGUGUGUCAGCACCGCGGGACAGAGCUGAUGCAUUGUGGGUCAUCGAGCCGGCCCUUCUCUAUUUUAUUUUUAUUUCUUCGUCGCGUUAAACACAAAGUCAUACGUACAACUUGUACGACUGUAUAGUCUGGGAUAUACGAUAAUGCGAUAUCGAUAUCGUGAUAAAUGACGUCACAGUACACUUUUCGAUCAUAGGUAUUGCGUACCCCUUUUUUUGUAAACUCUGACCGCAAGCACCUGAUUAGAAGUUACAGCUUUUAAAGUUUUGAAUUUUUUGUUGUGAAGUAAAACUUAGGGUUUUUAUUAUUACACCUAUAUAUCGUGGAAGUGAUUUUAAGUUAGUUUUGUCAUGUCGCUCGCCCCUGAUGUAAAUUAACACGUUUAUUAAUUAUUCUUUUGUUUUUUUUUGCGAAAAAAGCAUGAACCUCGUACUUCCAAGGUCUUGAUCUCAAGAUGCAUAUGUAUCCUGAAGUAUCAUAUGAUUUUUUUUGUUUGUUUGUUUGUUUGUUUUUCCUCAAAUCGUAUCUCCUUUGUUUGAAACGCUAGCUCCGCUACUGUGUGUCCUCCUUCUAUUUUUUUUUUUUUUUUCCUAUUUAUUUUUUUUUUCAUUACAAAUAAUGAAAGCCCCGGUGUUGUUUUGCUUAGAUCGCGCAGAGCGAUUGAGGAAAUUACCAGUGACUCACAGAAGAACAAAGAGCACGGUUUUAUUCCGCCAAACAUCCUGAGCCGCUCGGGUUCGACUAAUCCACCAGGCCUCGUGCUCCCGUGUUUCCUAUUAAAGCGGAUGAAGAGAUUUAGAUGCCAGGAAGGCUCCAGGUUCAAAUCUGCAACAGUAGCACUGCAUGUCCUGCAUAGAGAUUAUCGAAAUCUUCAGUAAUGCCUCCACAGCUGAUUACACCGGAGGAAGAUGAGCGUGCUCUGUGUUCGUGCCGUGCCGUGAGAUGACCGAAGUGAUGAUCAGCAGCACUCCAAUGGAGGACAUACGGCUCAGCCCAAGCAAAGACCGCCUCACUUUUCAGAUCUUUCCGGAUCCGUCGGACUUUGAGCGCUGCUGCAAGCUGAAAGACCGCCUUCCGUCCAUCGUGGUGGAGGCGACCGAGGGCGAGGUGGAGAGCGGAGAGCUGCGCUGGCCUCCCGAGGAGUUCCUGAUCAGCCAGGGCGAUGAAGAGGAAGAUGAGGAGGAGGAGGAGGAGGAGGAGAUUGACGGGAACGUACAACAAGGACAGCAAACGCAAAGAAAGGACUGAUACAUACGCAUACACACACAAACACACACACACACACACACACAAGCGUGCACACACAAGCGUCAUGUAAAAGUCCUUCAGUGAGCAGGGGAUGAAGAGGAGGAAAGUGACGAGAUGCCGAUCCUGAUUUCGAAGCUGAUCUCGCACCUGGUGCUAAAUUAAAGCUUUACGAAUAUGGCCCAGUGAUUAUCAACACCCUCACAUUGUGCACUCUCACGUUCACUUGGUAAAAUAAUCUCACGUCGAGUUCCUUUUAAGCCACAAAACAAGCCAGCGUCGUCACCCGUCAUCACGCGUUCUCGUCUCUCACUCGCUCUCGCACUCCUCCUUGUUCUCGCACGCACACUUUCUCUCACACAUAAAUAUCCGUAUAUAUAAUUAUGCAUAUGUUCAUCAGUGACUGAGGAGGACUUUAGUUCCUGGACUUGAUUUUCCGACAAGGGCGAGAUCCCUCAUGAAGAACAUACAGACUUUUAGAUGAUCGUACAGAGCCAGUGUUUUUAAUUUUAUUUUUAUUUUUUUUUUUUUGGAUAAUAAUCAUAAAUGUAUUGAUUUAGGAGGUUAAUAAUGUUGGGGGACUGUACAGGGUUAAAGAGCACUGGCGUUCAGACUGUUCGGUUUUCACUGCUUGAAGAAUGAUUUUCCGAAAUGCAGCGAUUUAAUAAUUUCAUGUUCGAGCAGCGAAAUGGAGCCAUGUGGCUUAUUUAGCACUGAAGCUAUAAACUGUGUAGGAUGUUAUUGUUAAUUCUGGUUUUGCCUAGUCACUGUUAUUUGUUUUUGUUUGCCCCCCCCCCCCCCCCAUUUAAUACUGUAUGUAAAUACGUUUUGUACGCAGAAGUAGUCAUUUUCACUGUGAAUAUCUGCAUGUAGUCGUAUGUCUGUACAUAGGUAACGAUUGACGCUCGGUGGGAGUUAACAAAAAUCCAAAUCACAUGGAAUGAUUUAAUGCUAAUCACAUUCUUCUUUUAAUUCUGUUUAGACGUCGUUCAUUUAGAGUAAAAAUUCCGAUUUGGAUCCAAAGUGUGAUUUUUGAAAUAAUCCUCUUCCCUCAGUGGAAGGUUACAGAAGGUCACCUUGGCACUGAGAGCACCUUUUGUAUAUUGACACAAUGUCUAGCCUUUAUUUUCGUUUUUUGGUCUGUUUCUUGUCUACUUCCUGGCUAUGUAUAAAGGCUUUGGUCUCAGUCUAGAUGUGUGUAUGCGGGUGUUAUGAGGGUCAAGUGUGUUAAGUAAGUGUGAGGGUCCUCUGUGUGAAUUGCCUGUAGAUUUGCUUUGUAUUUUGUGUACAGCUCAGGGAGAAUAGCUGCCAUUUUCUCUUGGUUUUGACCCCCCCCCCCCCCCCUUUUACCACUUGUUGUAAAUAAACAUUUGGAACAU